AUGUCCAGUCAAUCGACAAAUCACUUUGCUUGCGCCAACGAGUCACCGAAAACUUACACCCUUAACACGGGUGAUAAGAUCCCCGCUGUUGGCUUGGGCACAUGGCAGAGCGGUCCUAACCAGGUCAGAGAGGCCGUCAAGAAUGCCCUUCUGAAGGGUUACCGCCAUAUCGACACUGCCCUCGCCUACGGCAACGAGGCUGAGGUCGGUCAGGGUAUCAAGGACUCUGGGGUCCCUCGCGAGGAGAUCUGGAUCACGACCAAGCUCAACAAUACCUGGCACCACCGCGUCGCCGAGGGCAUUGACUCUUCUCUCAAGAGCCUGGGCGUGGACUACGUCGACCUUUACCUUGUUCACUGGCCUUGCGCGACCGACCCCAACGACACCUCGAAGCAUCUUCCCGACUGGGACUUCAUCAAGACCUGGCAAGAGAUGCAGAAGCUGCCCGCCACCGGCAAGGUCCGUAACAUCGGCGUUUCCAACUUCGGCAUCAAGAACCUGGAGAAGCUUCUGAACGACCCCAGCACCAAGAUCGUCCCCGCUGUCAACCAAAUUGAGUUGCACCCCAACAACCCCUCCCCCAAGUUGGUCGCCUACAACACCUCGAAGGGCAUUCACUCCACCGGUUACUCUUGCCUCGGCUCAACGAACUCUCCUCUCUACAAAGAUCAGACCCUGUUGGACCUUGCCGAGAAGAAGGGCAAGACCCCCCAGCAGGUCCUGCUGGUAUGGGGCUUGAACAAGGGCUGGAGUGUCAUUCCCAAGUCGGUCAGCAAGGAGCGCAUCGACGCCAACUUCGAGCUCGACGGCUGGGACCUGACUGAGGAGGAGGUCAACCAGCUGGACAACUUGAAGGAUCGUUUCAAGGUUUGCGGAGACAGCUGGCUCCCUGUCAAGGUGUUCUUCGGAGAUGACGAAUGACUGACCGACAUGACGCGAGGCGAAAGAAGUUCUAAAAUCUAAAUCCAAUGUAUAUAAGUUCGGUCAAAUGCUUGAAGCCAUAGAAGCAUGAUAGCUUGCCGGUAAUAGAAUAAAUUGAUCGUUUUUGAACAUUUCCGCUAAGAUUAUCUUAAUUGUCCCUCUAAGUGUUGUCUGAGCGCGCAGCAUUGUUCGAUGUGAAAGGCGAUGUUUACAUUGGAUUGAGAGGACGUUUGCGGGGUAAAGGCGGGGCCGAAGCGAUUCGGGUGCGCUUUCCUACACUGUGGUGGUGAUAACUGCAUUUCGUUGUCCGGCCCGGCUGUUUGAGGAUAAGAGUAGAAUUAUCAAAGCCCGAACGAUCAACAUCACACAAUUAGACCAAACAGUUGCAGGUUGGUGUUUGGUCGCCACAUCAUCAUCGAACCACUCCCCUUCGGGGCACGUGGUUCCGGAUCACAUGCAGCACCGCCACUCGGCAUCAUGGAUCCGC